AUGUUGAAUCCUCGACUGGUUCCUGGGGGUGGUGCUUUGGAAAUGGCUCUUGCGCAGGCUAUCACCGAAAAGGGAAAAUCGAUGGAAGGAGUCCGACAAUGGCCUUACAAAGCGAUCGCUAGAGCACUCGAGGUGAUUCCCCGCACUCUCAUCCAAAACUGCGCCGGAAACACAAUUCGUCAGCUGACUGCGCUUCGUGCAAAACAUGCGCAGAAUGCUGAAAAUUGGACAUGGGGAAUCAAUGGAACAACGGGCGAAUUGGUCGACAUGUGCAAGUUGGACAUUUGGGAUCCGCUCACUGUACGUGUGCAGGUGUUGAAAACUGCUGUGGAAACAUCGAUCAUGCUGCUUCGCAUUGAUGCACCUUCGUGUCCGGGCGACGAACGACGCAACCAAUGUGCCUCAGAGGAAAUGCCUCAGUGA